AUGCCCGAGCUAAAGAAUUAUCUCGGUGAAGUCUAUCUAUGGCAAUACGUCCCCAGUCUUGUCGGAUCAAUCAUCUUCACCCUCCUCUUCGCCCUCGCAACAGUAGCCGUCGGAUAUAAAAUGCACAAGUCAAAAACCCGCUUCUGUAUUCCCUUCUUCCUCGGCGGCGUCUGCGAAGUACUUGGCUACUUCUUCCGAGCUCUAUGCUAUAACGCCACCGACUCCCUCCCUCUCAACAUUAUGCAAGCCCUCUUUCUCCUCCUCCCACCAGUCUUCUUCGCAGCGACGCUAUACAUGGUUUAUUCUCGUCUCGUUAGAGUAAUAGGUGGAGAAAGUUGUUCUUUCAUCUCUGUUCGCUGGACGACGCGCCUUUUUGUUCUUGGAGAUUUUCUCACGUUCAAUAUUCAGGGGAACGGUGGUGGCCUCCUCGCCAAUGCUGAUCUUGUUCACAUUGGAAACAUAAUUGUUAUUACCGGUCUUAUCGCUCAGAUACUCCUCUUCCUUGCUUUUGUAGCCUGCUGUGUUGUCUUUCACCGACGGUUCAGGGCUCAUUUGAGGCAUUCGAGUAUUCCAGUGUCAAUUCGUUGGGAGGCAUAUCUGAAUAUGCUUUAUUUCACAUCAGUUCUCAUUCUUGUACGAAAUAUCUUCCGCGUUGUCGAGUUUGCUAUGGAUAAGGAGGGGUAUUUGCAGCAGAAGGAAUGGCCAAUUUUUGUGUUUGACUCGGUUUUGAUGCUGCUGGUUAUGGUUGCGUUUCAUGUGAGAUACCCUGAUAAUCUUCAGCCGCAUACGAGAGACUUGGCGAUCGAGCUUGUGCCCAAGGAUGAGCCUCGGCCUGGAGAAGCUACUGUCUCGAAUCAGAUAGAGUACAGAUAG